UACAUUCACUGUUAGAAUUAAAAAAAAAAAAGAGAUACAUACAUGCACGUAUAUACACGCAGACACAUGCACUCUGUCUUUCUCUCCAUAUAUAUGCAUAUAUAUAAUCUCUGUUACACUCAGAUGAAACCUUAAUAAUUUACUCUCCAAUAUCUAAAACAUAGUUAUCUUUUUUCUUGCAAAUCCAAUUAUCUUAUACUGUGCACCAAGUUGCUGGAAAAAAUAAAAUAAGAUCAGCCAUGGUGCUUGGCCCAAGCUAUCAGCCAUGCUGGUAAGUGAUUGGCCAAGCAAGAUAGACCUAACAGAAAGUGCAUGAGAUAAUGUAAAUAUCAUUAGGUUAUCCCCAUUUCCUAUUUUAAGUAACCAAAAGAUGUUGCAAGACAAACAAGAUGACAAAGCACAGUAACUGCCAUUGUCAUGGCAUGACCUACAAGCACUUACUUUCUUAUACUCAAAAAUGCUAUAUAUAUCCAGCAAUUUCACUUCAAAACCCACGCAUACAAAAAAAAGAGGCAGUUAACAGUGAUCCGGGGUUCAUAGUUCACAGUAUAUUGCCAGCAAAAUGAAGGGUGCUGUUGUAUCAAUGUUGCUGAUGAUAGUGAUGGCUCAGCUUUUGGUUAAGCCAGGAGAAGCGGCUGUGACUUGUGCCCAAGUCAAUGCAUCACUGGCUGCAUGCAUUCCCUAUCUCACAGCAGGUGGCACACCGGCAGCAUCAUGCUGUGAUGGUGUCAAGAACCUCAAGGCCAUCACCCCUACCACCACUGACCGCCAAGCCGCAUGCAACUGCGUUAAGGAAGCUGCUGCUCGCUAUCCCAAUAUCAAGGAAGAUGCAGCCUCUUCUCUCCCUGCCAAGUGCGGCGUUCAAAUGAAUAUUCCUAUCUCAAAGAACACCAACUGUCAAAACAUCAACUGA